UCUAGGACUCCUUUCUGAAAAAAAUGGCAUUAUCUGGUUCUUUCUGAAACCAUAAUGCACUCUUUUACAAAUGGCACAUAUUUAAAUUAGUUCACAAUGAAUGAAGCAAAUCAUAUCAUUGUAAUUCUAAAGAUGGCAGUACAAGCUUGACUAAUUUUCCUAGGAAAAAUUUAGAAUUUCGUUUCACAUCUAAAGUUUCGCAUAUGAUUAUCAGAUGCAAAAUGUCAGAAGAAUCCGGUGGAAAUCAUCUCUGUUUUCAUUAGGAUUACUCGAAAUAUAUAGCUGUAAUCGAAGAAUAUUUAUAUAGUGCAAUGAAUCUGGAAAGUUCGAGGUUAGGUGGGUUUAGGACUCCCAUCCAGCAUGCCCUUGACGUCAAUGAGAAUGGAAGUGGGGAGUAUAAUGCAACACAGCAUCUCAGGAACAACCUAACCCUGGAUCUCGACAACCAGGUGUGCUCAGCCCAAGGUCAAGGUCGCCAUAUGCAGGUUAAUGAUUUAAAGAACGAAUUAACCUUAACAUGCAUGGAGGUUGACAUUACAAACUCAAUUCCCUCAAUUCCCAGUGACCAAUCAAUCACCACAAGUUACCGCCAUAUCCAUAUGUCUCCCAAGAAACCCAUCAAGCGAGGAACUUACGAUGUCUCAAAUUCUUCUGAUGAUGCGAGUAAAUCGAGUGAGGGUAGUGAAUCGUCACUGGAUGUAAAAACAUCAUCAGAUGAUGCAUGUAAAGGUGACAGUGAUAACUAUGGCAGUGGAGAACACUUGAAUGAAUCGUCACUUGAGAUUGAGAUACAUUACAAUCAGUGUUAUUCUAGUCUAACCCCCGAGUCGCCUACACGUUAUGGGAUAGUUGAGUCAGAGAUAGGGGCUUUAAUGGACACACAUAACUGGCCCAAUACGGAACAAACCCCUGGGCAAGGAAACAAAUGUGCAAUAAGUAAUGACUGUAUUCGAGAUGAUAAAGGAAAGAGUAAAUCUGAGACAGGAAAAUGUGCAGUUGAGAAGCAAAAUAUAACAGAUGAUAUGAGAAACAGAGAAAUUGACUCAAAUUAUUGUGCAGUUGAAACAGAAAAAUGUGCAGUUGAGAAAGGAAACAGUGCAAUCAAAACAAAUAAUGUCAUAGAUGAAACAAGAAUUAGUGCAAUAAGGCCUGAAACUGUAAAAACUGAAAAUAUCAAUUUUGUGAAUGAAUCAAAUUCUAAAGGUGAAAAAUUGAACAAUAUUUAUGAUGCGCACACUCGGGCUACAGAAGAACUCAAGAAUGAACCAACAGAGAAAUAUGGAGAUGAAGUUGAUAAUUAUCUACAAACAAAUGGAAGCAGAAAAAGCAGUUAUGACAAUGUUGAGAAAAAUCAUGAACAAAUUACAAGAGAAGUCAAUGUUUUUAUCAGUUCAGUGGAAUCAGAAGAAGUUAGUGAUCUCAGUGGUAUACGAAAAGAAGGAAUAUGCGACAAUGAGAAUACUGAUGACUUUUUCUUUGACGAUGAAUUUUCGGUACAGUUUGAUGCCCAUUUAGCACAGAUUGACAUGGGAAUGUUGACUCAAGGGGAUGGUGACGCACUAGAACUGUUAGCCAGUAUACACAUGCAGUCUCAACCUAAAGCUCCAAAAUUGAAAUCCAACAUUGAGGCAGCAGUUUCAAAAUCAGACUCUUGUCUGUUCAAUCGAAAAUAUGAAGAAUCUGAAUUUUCUGAGAAAGCAAGUUCUAAUGAGGAACCACCAGUUAGUGAUAAGGAUUUCUUCAGCUCUGGUGAAAUUAGUCUUCCUGUCAGUGCAAGUAUAUCAGACUAUAGCCACGAUGGUUACUAUGGAGAUGAGCCGAUGUAUCAACAAGGGGAGCAUUGUGGGUUACCAGAAGUGACAUUAUCAGAUUGUGAGGCUGGGUAUACAACAUCUAGUGAACUAUCAGAGCUUCAAUCUGGACAAUUAUUCACACCUUCAGAUAAUGCAUCACCUGCACCAGAUCAGACUAAUCCAUCAAUCGUAAGUUCAGGAAGCACUAAUGCAUCAGGCAGUUUUAUGUAUAACUCUAAUGACCUCUGUCCUAAGAAAGAAAACUAUGUGUUAUCAUUUGAUCAGAGUGGCAGUAGAGCAACAGAUGAUGACUCGGAACCACAGAGUAGUGAAUCUCAAGAUGAACCCAACAUGAAAACCUGGGCUACUAAACCUAUAGACAUACCCGCUGAGAAACCACUUAUAUCAAUAGACUGUACAGAACUAUCAAGCCCAAAAGCAAAGAAAUUGCUGACUACUUGGUCUCAGCACAAGAAUUCAGACUCGGAAAGUAACUCAGAUUCCAAUGAUUCAAGCCCUACUGAAUCAUGUCCUAGUACAGAAAACAACACAAUAGCUGAGAAACUUAGCACUGGACCUAAUACCCCAUCAUCUACAAACAAUAGCUUGGUAACCUGGCGAACUCUAAACAGAACCCUAUCUAGCCCAUGUAGAGCAGAGAAGCCAAAACGUAAUCUAACAACAUGGCGGAAGAUUCAAGAAACGAAAAAGAACAUGACGUUGGAUCUUACUGGGUCACAUAAUCGGAGUAAGAGUCUGCCCAAUCUGAAUAGAAAAGCUCGGGUUGAUAAUGUGCCAAAUUGUUUAGUUUCAAAAGACUUAGAAUCACCAAAGGAUGAACAUGUAUCAGACAGACAAAUCAAUGAACUACACAACAGUGUGUAUAAUCCAACUAUGGUUUUGUCUAUAGACACCCAGCCUCAGAGACAUUCUGCAACACUGUACGAGAUGUAUCACAGGCUGAAAACCCAGGCUGCUGGCAAUGGAGACCAUUUCCCUACUCCUUUGACUGAAUCUUUUCAGAACUUUUUGAUAUCCAUAAUGUCUCCAGAGAAUCAGUCCCAUAGCUCAGAAGAGUCAUAUUAUUCUCCUGUCACGACAACGGACAUGAUUAAGUCUCCACAAAAUGGGAUCAGAUCCCCAAGGGAUGGGAUAAAGUCUCCGAUCAGACAUCUGCUGUUACAUAAAGGAUCUAUACAUGCAUCAUACAGCAGUAGCCAUAGUAACCAUAGCUUGUGUAGUAGUAACUCACAUAGGGAUUCUAACAACAAAGGGAGCCCUGUAUUGAUAUGUGCCAAGUGUGGCCCUUCAGAGAAGCGUAGUAUGUGCUGUUCUCCAGUGUUUGUUCCUAUGACGAAAAGCUUUGGAGUGCAAAUUCCCUCUAACAAUGCUGAUAAAUCCAUACAGACAUCCUUCAAUGAAACCACAUUAGGUUUGGAUAAAUCCCUACAGACAUCAUUUGAACUUUGUAUCAACUGCAAACCUAAUUUCCUAUCUAUAGAGAAACCUAAAGAUGGCAAUAAAGCUAAAAAUCACCUAAAGUCACCCAAAACGGCCAUUUUCUCAGGCAAUUUCCUCAGCCCUAGCUUCUGCCCUGAGAAACCCUUCCCUGUUAUGAGUAAAGUCUCCACCAGUACUAUUGGGUUCACUCCAAGUUCCCCAUCAGUCUCAAACUGCAGACUGUCCACAAGUUUGAUGUAUUCACCAAACAAAAGUCUACCUGAUCUAGGCUUUUUAAAGCAAUCAGUCACAACCAGUGGCUCUUCUAACACUCACUCUGAGCCAAUCUUCUCCAUACCAGGCCUUUUAGAUCCUAUUGCGUUAUUCUCUAAGAAAUCCACACAAAAUCAAGAUGAUAACGGCAAAAAGGUCAAAAAGAAACAGGAUUGGUUUGACACAAUUACUGAAACAGAAACUGAUACUCAAAUUGAUAAUUUGUGCAAUGAAACAACUCAAGAAGUUACAAUGAGAAUCAAGAAACCUGGUAAUAUUGUGAAACCGGUACGGCCUGGAAGUCGUGAAAUCCCGAAAAGUAUUUUUCAAAAAAAUAGUCCAAACUCAGAAACGAAGGAUGCAGAAAACAACAAUGGUGAAUUUAACAUGGUGAGCGAUACCACACCUUACAAAAAGCGUCAACGAUCACCAAGAAGAGGAAAUCAGAAUCAAUGUCAAAGGUCAACUGAUUCAAGCACAACUCCCAUGUCAAUUAGUGCAGGAAGUUAUGCAAGCUCAAACUCUUCUGGAAUAGAGAUAGGAUCUUACGAUUCAGCAGGUAACCUUAGCAGCCAGUUUCUGAGUGAGGACUUUACAGAACUUUUGAAUCUGCUUAACAUUGACCCCAGUUUUAUUCAGAAAGGAGUCCUUGAGGAGACAUCCUUGCAUAAAGAAAUUGCUGAGAAAUUAAACAAUCCUAACAAUUAUGGGAGAACACCUACGAGUACUGAUUGCAAAUCUACUGAGAUAAAGAUGAAUGAAUAUGACAUUACAGAACAAGAUGCUGGGGUUAUUAUUAAUGAUGUAGAGCACGCAGAAAGUACCAUUAAAGAAAAGCCAUGGAAUUUCCUAAGAAAAAAGCCAUUGAAGUCUUGUCUGAGAAAAAGAAUGAAUAGAAGACAGCGAUCCUUAUCUGACCCAUGUGACUUCCUGUUUACGAAACAUGGCCUGGAUAAGAAUGUCGAUAUAUCAACACUAGGGGACCCCAUGAAACAAGGCAUAGCAAAAUCAGUCAGCUCUCCACUGUUUGAUCGGGGUUGUACAUGUGAGACAUGCGCCCAUGAAUCGGCUCAGCACCCUCACCAUCAAUUCUACCCAUUCUGCGGCUGCGAUUCCUUGUCCAACAGCUCACAUAAUCGAUCCUCACACAUUGAUAUCAUCGAGGAGCCUGAGGAAGACUCCUACAGUGAAAUGUCGGAAAGUCAGAAAAAGAAAAGCGUGAAGUUUGCGGAGGAGAAUAUCUAUCACUCUCCCCAUUGUUCACCACAUCACUCCCCCAGGAGACGCCCCAGGACAAAGCUGUUGUACAACCCUAUCAGGGCACAGUGUUCUAGCAGAGACAACAGUAAUGUGGAGAAAAGCAAUACAGAUUCAAAUGGCGAUUGCAGUAGUACUUCAGAGACUUCAGCUGCUAUAAAAGCACCAGCUAUUCCUGCGGGUUCUGAUACUUCCGUUGAGUCUAAUACAAGCUGCUCGCCACCUCCCUCUGAGUUUCACAUUACUGCGGAUAACUCCCCACCUCCAAGUGUGUUUCAUGAUGAAUCACCUCCACCACAGGAGAGCAACAUCUUACCUCCCACACAGGAGAGUGAAGACAGACCUACACUGAGCAUCAAGCAAACAAUGUAUGUUGAAGAAAUCAAUAUUGUGGUCCAAGAUUUAAUGAACCAAUCAAGUAGCCAGGAUGCAGUAGCACAAGGUCACAUGGUCAUUCAGAAGUUGUGUCCAGUGAUUCUGCAUAUCUUGGAAGAUGACAUAAAGGCCUAUACAUGGAGCUUCUUUGGCCGUGUUAAGACCAAUGUAUGGAGAGUAAUAGAGGAAACCUCAUCCACAGGUGUUAAGCAAGGCAGUCACCUGGAUGAGAUAAUGAGAGACAUUAACCAUGCCUCAUACCUGAGUAAUGGACCUAUGAGGUACAAUGCAUUCAUAUGCAGGCUCUUAAGCCUUCGAGUGGUACCACAAUGGUUCAGCUAUCUUCUUUCCCAACAGCCUGUGUUGCGAAAACAUUACAACUCAACUAGUGUGUUGUUGAAUGGACGUACAUCACAGGCUUUUGUGGCAACUAUUUCGCAGAUUCUUGACCCCUUAUCCAGGAUAAAUUUUGAAAUUUCCCUGGAUUUUGAAUUUCGUUGUUUACACCGCAGUCAAGAAUUCGCCAAGAAGAAGGUAGAUGGAUUUCCCUCGGAGGAAAAUAAAGACAGACUAAACAAUCAAAAAACUCUAGAUAAGGAACAAACCAAUCAAUCAGAAAUGGUUAAGGAACGAAUCAAUCAACCAGCGAUGGAUUCAUCAGAAAAUAAACUUAUAUCGAAAGAUAUUCAAUCAAAUGCUUCAAGCUGCACUAGUGUAAACUCUGACGCUAUUAUGCAAGUGUUUGCUAAACAAGGUCAUGUUGAACAAAUCUUUAAGGAUAAUGAAAUUGUCGCUACAGAUCUACAAAGUGAAAGUUCAGAAGAAGAAAUUCUACAGGAAUCUGAUUCGGAUAUUCCUGCUUAUAAAAAAGGUGUUACAGAAUAUGUGUUUGAUACCAAACAGUCUCGUCCGCAAAAGCUACAUCUUGAGAAAAAAAGUGAUGGCUUUUUGCAAAACUAUACUCCCCUGGAUAGCUUAAUUCCCAGUGGAGAUACCCUUAAACACACGGUGGAUGUUGUAAAUGUUGCUAAACAGGGAAUGGAGCAAUUAACCCUUGCGAAUACUCCCAAGAUUGUUAAACAAACAAUAGAGGCUUCAAAACCAAUAGCCACAAAAAUUGUUGAGGAUACGUUUCAAAAGUCUAAACCAAUAGCAAACAAGAUGAUAUCUAACACUGUUGAAGCAUCUAAGCCUAUUACUGACAGAGUUAAACAAACUUGGACAGCAGCCAAACCCAUAGCAGGUAAAAUGACGACCUCCGCUGUAAAAGCCGCCAAAGCAACCCAACAAUGGGGAAUUGGACUUAAAGUUAUUAAUGUGUUCGAUAAACUUUUGAUGGGAUCUAGUACAACUUCAAGCAAGUCUCAGCAGUCCAGUAUGACAUCGAAUUGCUCAGGAGGCUCAUGGAGUGAAGCUUCAAGAAAUUGGAAACAGCAAAUGAAGCUAAACUCUCCUCUUGACUCUCAGCUUAAUUCACCUAUAAGCUCAAAAUAUAAUUCGCCAUAUGGGUCAACUCAUUCACUUCCUGUCCAAACUGCAAGUAGUUCCAUUUCAACUCUCCAAACAGACCCAUUCUACAGUAAACAAGCUGUCUCAUUAGUUGAGGUGCCUAGACAGCAGAUUAUACCUCCCAAGAAACCCCCACGUGCCUCAGUUAGUCCCCCAAAACAAAAAGUACAGGAACAUAAAAGGCUUGUGAAAUGUUUGUGCCACUAUGUGUCUAUGGAGUCAUCCCAGCUGAGCUACCAAAAAGGUGAUGUCCUAGAAAUACUCGAUGAACUAAACGAUGAAUGGAUUAUAUGUACCAAUGGAAAGGCUAAGGGACUAGUGCACUGUGGGUGUACAAUAGCAGUUAAGGACUCCCAAGCCAUGUUAGAGGCAUAAUGCAUGAGAAAAUUUCGAGAUUCAUUGUUGCAAAACUGAGUGGAACAUAAUGGUCAUAUUAAUCAGCCUAAGGAAAGACCCCUCUCCUUUCCACAAUACAUCUAAAACAAUUAUCUCUCAAGAUAUCCAAAAGAGACAGUGGAUCUGUUUUAGUCUUGAAUACUUAAGAUUCUAAAACUGAUUAUACAUUAUGUUUAUGGCUUAUACGAUAUCUUUGAUGAAAAGCCAUGCUUGCAACGGACUGUCAGAGCCUAAUAAAUUAGGUGAAAUCAAACUAUUAGAAAGGGCACAUGCCUACAGUUAGUUCAUGCUACAGUUAGUUCAUGCUUCAAGAAAAAAAGGUGGUAGGUAAAAUAUAAGUAUAUAUUGUGAAAAUGGUAAUGUCCUCUUAACUUUUUCUAAGAGGAUGCUUAAAUUAUGAUACACUGUACAUAUGAUGUGUUGACAUAGUGUGACAUACCACAUUAAAGAGAUACUGUGGUUUGAAAUAUUAUUUAAUGUACAAGAAAUAGAUAUAAGGCCUUCUAUGUUAUCAUGCUAUAGAACUACAUGUAGAUCUGCCCAUAGGCAGUCAUUUUAAGGCAGGCAAAGUGGAAGAAAUAAAAGUAAAAAGUUUGGCCCUAUACAGGCCCGUAGCCAGGAUUUGCCAAGGGGGGGUUCAGUUUUCAAAAAUUUCCAAGGGGGUUCACAU